GAUCCGGAAGUGCUAUGUUCAGGAAUCUCAAACGUUACACUGGUUAUGAUUUAAGUUUUCGGUUUUCUCCUGUAAAAUAUUUGGGUCAGUCCAUCCGAACUAGCUGAACCUCAGUAACAGAAAGAAAACUACUGGAUGGAAUUUUUAUGUUACAUUCUGUGUCUGUUUUACUCCUGAUUUAUCUGUUAUUAGCUCAGUGAUGCUAAAGUUAGCUUAGCUCAGUAGCUGCUAACAGACCUGUCAGUGUGUGACGGAGACAAACUGUGUUUCCGACGGAGUUUGUGCGGAGAAAAAGUGAAAAAUGUCAGAAAAAGUCCAGAUUCUGAGAUCGUUGGUGGAGCAGAGACUAACUGCAGCUGCUGAAGAGAUAUUUGGGCUGUUUGAAAGAACCAUAGCAGAGUACGAGGAGGAACUUUGUCGAACUAAAGAAGAAAACCAGAGACAAAAACAAAUACUGGACACAGUUUUGUUACAUACACCAGUGGGUUCCACAGACACCCAUCAGCAGUCUGUAGUUAAAGAAGAGGUUCCUCUUGAGCAGAAGGAGUGGAGCCUCAGUGUGGACCAGAACCAGAACCAGGAGGACCCAGAGAACCACCACAUUAAAGAGGAAAAGGAAGAACUGUGGACCAAUCAGGAGUCUGAUAUCACCAAAUUGCCAUCCACUUCUGUCCGUGUGAAGAGUGAAGAUGAAGAGGAAGCUCAGUCCUCACAGUUUCAUCAAAGACAAACUGAGAAGAACCGAGAAGAAACUGAUGGACAAGACUGUGGAGGAUCAGAACCAGCCGGGAGCUUGGAUCCACAUAUACAUUUACAGUCUGUUAAUGAUAAUAAUUCUUCAGACAUGAGUAAAACUGAGGAUAUUGAUUGUGACUGGACAGAAACAAACAGAACUCAGUCAGGUUCAGAAAGUGUUAAAACAAUUAAACUUGCAAAGACUGAUAAUGGAGUGUCGUCGACGGAACAGCCUUUUCCUUGCUCAUAUUGUGGUAAAACAUUUAGCCAGAAGGGAAACCUGACCAAACACAUGAGGUUCCACACAGAGAAGUUGGUCAGUUGCUCUGACUGUGGUCAAUCCUUCAAAAACGAACUAUCAUUAUCAUCGCACAUGAAGUGUCACACCAGAGGACAGCCCUACAGUUGCUCAGAAUGUGGAAGGAGUUUCAAUUGGCAGGGCAACUUACAACGGCACAUGAGGGUGCACAUAGGGGAGAGACCUUUUACCUGCUCAGUUUGCACUAAAAGCUUCCAUGUCAAAGAACACCUGAACAGACACAUGAGGAUUCACACAGGGGAAAAGCCGUUCUGCUGUAACAUCUGUGGGAAGUGCUGCAGUGUAAAAGAAGAUCUUACCAGACAUAUGAAAGUUCAUUCUGGAGGGAGACCGUACAUUUGCUCUGUGUGUCAAAGGAGUUUUACUGAGAGUGGAUACCUGAAGAGACACAUGAAGCUGCACACAACUGACUAGAGUCUAUUUCAAACCAAAGACAGACAAUUAGGGCUUUAACACCAGCCGGGCUUCAUGCCAAUACCAAUUCCAGAACCUAAUGUUGAACUGGCCGACACAUUCAUACCAGGAAAAAUUGGUUAGGAACCUGAAAAACUGAUUCUUAAAUUGAAACAGAAAAAGUUGUUUCUUCCUCAUGAACUGUGACAUCAUCGUUGUGCCUGAUAUAACUGAACUCUUUACAGCUAUACCUACUGAUGUGGCAUUUCUCACAGCACUUAGUAAAAGUUUGAACAUGAACAACCCGCCUCCCUCCAAAGCCCCGCCCACUUCUCCCUGCCUGAGCUCUGAGGCUCCCCUCCUCUCUCCUCCUCUCUCCUCCUCUCACCUGAUGCACGCAGAGGAAACAGAGGUGGAGGUCCGGUCCACUUCGGUGUGACCGUGGACUCCUCCCUCAGCAUCAUCCAGCUGCUGCGGCUCCUGUUCCAUCAGUAGACCCUGUAUUUAAGGGUGUAGUCUGUGCAGCGCUGGGUCAGUGUCUUCACUGCAUCACGGAGAUGAGAUGCCCGGGCGACGGGCGCAUGCACUGUGAACCUGUGGCCUCCACAUAUUUUCUGUGGACAUUUGAGGUUUCAUAGUCCAUACAAUUAUCAUUCUACAUAAUCCUACACUGUGUGACACCAAGUACAUGUACGUGUAUGAGUCCCACGGUCAUAAAAG